GACCCGCGCGAGGACCCGCGCGAGGACCCGCGGGCGCCCGAGGCGAAGGCGAGGCCGGCUCGCCGGCCCGAGCAGGCCACGUCCACGCAGGAGGAGCUGGCCCAGAAGGCGGAACUGGCCCAGAAGGCCGCCGCGGCGGCGCAGGAGCCCGCGCUGGCGGAUGCGCCGCGCGAGCAGCCCGCGGGGCCCUGCAG